AUGCAACAAGCUGAAGAGUCGCUGACAAAAUGCGGCAAACAGAACGAGGAUCAAAAGCAUCCGUGUGUUGCUGAAGCUCUUCAAUCGACGGAAUACACUGAUCUCAACGUCUCAGUGGAAGAGUUGUCUGAGGCUGAGUUCCACGACAGUAGAGAUGAUGAUGACGAUGAUGAUGAUGCUGAUGAGUGGCUCAAAGUUUCCAGUGAAGAAAAGCCACCGGAGAAAUGCAACAAACAGACCGAGGAUCGAAAGCAUCCAUGUGUUGCUGCAGCUCUUCAGUCUACGGAAUACAUUGAUCUCACCAACACCAAUACCUUUGCCAAGAAGAACCCUGUGUUCAGCAAAGAAAUGCCCUUAAACAUGGAGCCACCAUCCAACCAACAAUCAAGAGGUCGGGACUCGUCACUACCUGAUGACAAGACUUAUGUAGUCGAUAGAUCGGACUUCAAUACGCACAUCAAAACUGAAGAGUCGCUGACAAAAUGCGGCAAACAGAACGAGGAUCAAAAGCAUCCGUGUGUUGCUGAAGCUCUUCAAUCGACGGAAUACACUGAUCUCAACGUCUCAGUGGAAGAGUUGUCUGAGGCUGAGUUCCACGACAGUAGAGAUGAUGAUGACGAUGAUGAUGAUGCUGAUGAGUGGCUCAAAGUUUCCAGUGAAGAAAAGCCACCGGAGAAAUGCAACAAACAGACCGAGGAUCGAAAGCAUCCAUGUGUUGCUGCAGCUCUUCAGUCUACGGAAUACAUUGAUCUCACCAACACCAAUACCUUUGCCAAGAAGAACCCUGUGUUCAGCAAAGAAAUGCCCUUAAACAUGGAGCCACCAUCCAACCAACAAUCAAGAGGUCGGGACUCGUCACUACCUGAUGACAAGACUUAUGUAGUCGAUAGAUCGGACUUCAAUACGCACAUCAAAAUAUUGACCACUGGUUGUGUGAAUUUUUUUCUCAAUAAAAAUAGUGUAUUCAAUCUAAUUGUUAAAGAGCGACAACCUGUUUAA